AUGCUGUCCAAAAACCCGUCCGCCUCCGCCGCCGAAGGCCCUGACGAAGUUCCCCUCGCCUGCAUGCCGAUAGAGGCGGAGGACGAGACAAUGACCGCGGAAGAGCUGGUGGAGCUAGUGCCCUUGACGACACCAAUGUUGCGGGUGUCAACUUCAACAACUACCCCCGAGACUCCCUCAUGCGCAAGCUCGCCCGGAUGGAGGACAGCUCGCAAGCUGAACGAGACCAACUCGUCAAAGGAGAGUGCCAGCAAAAGACGGCGGCCGCCGACGAGACCUAGGAUGAAGACCGCAACCGCCGCCAGUCGCCGUGACUAUAGGCUCUACCCCAUCACCGGCGGAUCACCCCUGGUCGUCAGCAUAUACAGAAAGCGGAACAUCUUCCUCGGCCAGCACGGCCGUGUCGUCACUGUUCUGGCGCGUCCCUCAAAGAUCUCCCUCACCCGCUCCCAGGUAGUCAGCACGAUUGUGAUCGCAACGAGGUUGCUGAACCUCCCCUUUCGCUAUUUUGACUUGCCUGCGGAGUUGCAGCUUAUGGUCCUCAAUGAGCUGUUUCCGACGGCUCGUGGGGGAACGCUGAAAUACAUCACCACUCGCUCCGGUAGAUCUGCUCUCACCAUAGGCGGAGACCCCAGUCCAGUCAUCGCCUACAGGGCACUCCUCCGAAUUUCGAAGAAGUUCAAGCGCGCAGACGUCAAGCCCCGCUUCUAG